CGCCGCCCGACACGUGAGGCUCAUGUGACGGAGCGGACUCAGUUUUCUCUCGCGGAGGCAGCGACGUGCCUGCAGUCAAGUCGCAGGGUUUAUUUAACACGUCGUCACGAACCCACCCAGCGCUCCACACGCAGACAGAAGCCGGCCGCAGAGAGGGAGCCUUGCCCGGCAGAGCGAGCUCCGACCUCAGGGUGACAACACUCCACAGCAGGGACACGCUCCAGGACACGCUGUUAUUCAUUGAUUUCUUUCUCUUUUUUUUUUCCUUUAAGCGCCGCUACCUUUUUGUUCGACUUUUAUUUUUCUUGACAGCGAAAUGGAGAGGAUUACAAGUGCGCAACCACCUCCUUAUGCACCGAAACACCCGUCAAUGGAUAUAACUGACAUGCACCGACUGGACUUUCCUAUUUAUAUGUGCAAAUCCAGGAGGGGUGCAAAGCGCGGGGAUGAGUGCAAGGAGACCUACAAGCUGCCGCACAGACUCAUAGAGAAGAAAAGACGAGACAGAAUAAACGAGUGCAUCUCUCAGCUGAAGGACCUGCUGCCAGAACAUCUGAAGCUCACGACGCUGGGUCAUUUGGAGAAAGCCGUGGUGCUGGAGCUUACUCUGAAACACAUGAAGAGCCAGAACACGGUCCUGGAGCAGCAGCAGCAGACGAUCCUGGCGUUGCAGAAGGACCUGCGGUUCGGUGACCGUGGAGGCGAUGGAGCGGAGAGCAGCGAGGAGAUAUUCCGCUCCGGGUUCCAGCUGUGCAUGAAAGAGGUUGUGCACUACCUGGCCAGCCAGGAGAUGAGCAGGGACCCGAGUCCGUCCGGCUUCAUCAGUCACAUCCAGAAGGUGGCGGCUGAGAUGUUCCACCAUCCGAGCGGCCUGCGGCCGGACGAGCCCGCCCUUCAGGGUUCAGAGAAGGUGAAAAAGCCAAUCGGACCACCGGCAGUGUCCUCAGAGGCGCCCGCCAAGAACUGCGUUCCAGUCAUUCAGAGGACUUACCAGCACGGGGCGGGGGAGCAGAGCGGCAGCGACACAGACACGGACAGUGGCUACGGGGGAGAGCACGACAAGCCCAAAGCCCUGUGGUCCGAGAACUACAGGAGGGAGGGGGACCUGAAAGCCCCCGCGGCCGAGAGGACGGCCGGCGUCAUCAAGCAGGAGGGCGACGAGCCUCGGGUCAAGAGGUCGAGGGCAGACUCCCCCGAGGACGAGGUCCCSUCUGUUCACGAGGUGGCAGCUCCCGGCAGCUACAUGAGCUUCGCCCCCAAUCAGCCCCCGUUCUGCCUCCCCUUCUACCUCAUCCCCCCCUCGGCGGCGGCGGCGGCUUCGGCCGCGUACCUGCCCAUGCUGGACAAAUGCUGGUACCCUGGGGGCGUGCCGGUCAUGUACCCAGGCAUGCGUGGCUCUGCGGUGAGCCUGGCCCCGGAGUCCCUGCCCCCGUCUUUGGUGAUGUCGCCGAGGCCAGGGUCCCCCGUACCCCACCACACCCUGGUGGACCCCCCCUCUGUCCAUAAAGCUUUAAGGCAGGUCUGCCCUUUGAACUUGGAAACCAAAAACUGAGCCGAGGCGUUUUGGUCAAAAUGGGACUCUUUGAAUGUUGAACGGAGGGUGAAACAAGCAGACUGGUACCCCCCUCAGUGCACAGCUGUACUCCGGCGGUCCAUCASCACGCUGGCCCCACGUCAGAACCCUUAACGGUCAUCAGCCCCCCUGACUUGGACUMAAACAGGAAUUUGUCGGUGUAACGUGUGGUACCCGUGAGAAGACUCAGAUUCCAUGUUUUGCAUGUCUCUGGAACACUGUGAAGGUCUGCUUAAAGGACGCACAAAAGAUUUUGAAGUUCAUUUUUAAAUUUAUCUUGUCCUCUCCAGACGUAUUAAUGAAUGUCAGUAAAAAAUAAACAGAAUGUAAGCCCACCUCACCCCCAACUCCCCCUUUUGAACAAACGGUUCAGAUCUACCGUGUACGUAACGGGUCUGUGAUGAAUGUCGAACAUUUUUUAACGUUUUAAAAAGCCCCUUUAGAUGCUGCCGUAGGUCUGCGAACAAGUGGUCUACUUUCAGUGUUUGCCUCACUUUUGUACCAAAACCAUAACUUAGUCUGAGACGUUACCAAGAUGAGCCCACCUGGUUCACGUCGACCAGGGAUGUUCCUAAAACAACAUGGCUCCUUUCACUGCUGGCUUGUGCCGAACGCAGGAAUUCCUACCGUUUAGAGGAAUCAGGGGCGUUGCCACUUUUARCAGGUGCAUCGGUUUAAUCUGGGACUCAGUGGCUGAUGUUUUUAUUUGUUAUUAUUCUUUUUGGAGACCCUGUGAUAUACUGUAACUAAUAUUUCACUUGUACAUUGUUAUUUUUGAUACGUGACCCACUGAGUGUAUUUGUGUGUCUGCCAGAGGAAGGAUGAGGUAGCGGUGUGAUGUGGCGCAGAGAGAGUUGGUCUUGCACACAAACUCUUGCGUCCCGAGACCUGAUCUGAGCUGCUUCUUUUAUUUAACGCAACGAUGACUGGAGUUUCAAAAUAAACCUGCUUUAAAUCUUGUGUCUUUAGAAAAAAGAAUGUAAAGUUAAAAAAAUAGAAACAACAGUUUUGUAUAGAAAGAGGUUUUCUGGAUUUUUAUUUUGACAUGUUAACGCGAAAAGUUGUACAUAUGCUGUAUAUAGUAUUAUUGAUAUAUAUUAAAGUAUUAAUAAAGGUUUUUCCUCCCCUGUGGA